UGCCAAUCAGUGCCACCUAUCAGUGCUGCCAAUCAGUGCCACCUAUCAGUGCCAGUCAGUGCCACCUAUCAGUGCCAGUCAGUGCUGCCAGUCAGUGCUGCGUAUCAGUGCUGCCAGUCAGUGCCCCCUAUCAGUGCUGCCUAUCAGUGCCAUAAAUCAGUGCCAUGUAUCAGUGCUGCCAUUCAGUGCCCAUCAGUGGUGCCUGUCAAUGCCCAUCAGUGCCACCUAUCAGUGCCUCCUCAUCAGUGCCCAUCAGUGCCACCUAUCAGU